AACAUUUCCAACUUUCUCAUCUCUCUCUCUCUCUCUCUGGUGGAAAUAAUAUCACAAACACUCCCUUCUAGCAAAUACGAGACGUACGUCAAAGUGAUCAUUAAUAAAGAAGAAAGAAGAAAAUGGUAGUAACUACUAUGCUGAACUACUACUUGUCUGUUAUCAUAAUUAUUGGAUCGUUGUUAAUGGCAAGAUCGUCAACAGUACUAGCUAUAGUUGCGAAACCUGGUUGUCCAGAAAAGUGUGGAGAUGUAACUAUUCCAUUCCCUUUCGGAAUUGGGUCAUCAUCAUCCAACAAUUGUUUUCUUAACAAAUGGUUCGAAAUCUCCUGCCGCAACUCUACUACGCCUUUCCUCGAUCAAACUCAACUACAGGUACUUAACAUUUCGUUAUAUGACAAACGGGUUCAGGUGAGAAGCCCCAUCAGUUUCUUCAACUGUGCAAAUAAGACAAGCAAAAGAUCAGCAAAUUUAACAGGAAGCCCCUUCUACUAUUCUUUUUACAAUCAGUUCAUUGCAAUAAGUUGUGGUGCUUUUGCCAAGUUGGAAAUAAGGAGUGGUAAGGAGGUCUACCAAAAUGGGUGCACAAGCAGCAGCUCCACCUGCUCAUCAUCAUUCAGUAGUAGUAAUAAUAUUGAUUUUAGUAAUUGCGACGAUGGCAUUAAAUGUUGUCGUACUUCUUUCAAAGGUGGUGACAACUUCAAAAUCUCCAUGGAUAAUGAUUCUAGUACGACUCUUGCAACAAAUCAUGAUAACGAAUAUUGCAAAUAUGCGUUCGUGAUUGAUCCUAACUACAAAACAUCCCAUGAUGAUGAUCUGGAUUAUUAUGUUCCUGUCCGACUAAGUUGGAACAUUAACAGUAAGUAUUUCGACAUAUUUAAAACACAUGUUAUGCCAACCACAUCUAGCAGCUUCGAAUGCGACAACUAUGAUGGUGUUGCUUUAAAUUCCUCUCUAGAUCGGAUAUCCAGCUGUGUCUGCCAUCAUGGAUUUCGAGGGAGUGCGUACAUUCAGGACGGGUGUCAAGGUAAACCAAAAUCCACCGCUAAUAUUAUUUAAAUUAAUUCAUAUAUAUAUAUAUAUAUUCUUGGAUGUUUUUGUUAGUUAUGUAAAUAAUUAGUUUU